UGUUGCAGUCCUUUGUGGUGGUUUGUCAGUUUUUGAGGCUUCAGAAAUUAUCUUGAGGAAUGUCGAGUUGGUUGGUUUAGUCGGUCGGAAGUGCGCGUUUCAAUCCGGAUACGGGAUGGACAUCGACGUGGACGAUUUCAUGCGGCAGACGGCCAAUUCGUACAAUUUUCAGUACAUUGACCUGGGUGACUUAGAUCGAAUCAUCCGGAACGUCCAGCGGAAGACCGAUGGGGAUCGCAAGAGUCUACCGAAGUCACCCUCGUUGGAGGUGAAAGCUCAAGCUGUUCGCAUGUUGUCCGAUGAAGAGAUCAACGCGAUUCUGGAGAGUACGGAGUUGGAUCUGCAGGAAGCUCGCGCGAGUUUGGAGGAACCGAUUAUUCCGGUGAUUGUGGAGCCGGAGUUUGAGCAGGACGAUGCAAGUGAUGGUGCGUCGACGAUCUGUUCGUCAUCGCCGGCUUCCUCUGUGAAGGAGUUUGCUAAAAGAGCGUCGGAUGAGGUGGCGGACAUUGAGGACAACCUGGGGGACGAUUUCAGCAUGGACGACUUCAUGAUCACGUUCAGCGGUUCUCAGGAAGACGUCGUGGAGCAGCGGUUCGAGUCGAUCGAACCGUGCUUCGAGUUUCUGGACUCGGAAUCGAUCGUGGAGGAAGUGUUGGUUCCUCAAGAUGGGAACGAGGGUGAUUCGGAAGGUUCCGGAAAGGGGCCAGUUCCCGCGAUUCAAGUUAAGUCCCCGAUCAAACCGGCUUCGGCGCUCAUCAAAACGUACGAGCUGCAGAGUGACGAUCAGAUCAACGACAUCCAGCCGGUGCUGGAUUUCGUAGCAAUUGAAAGAGCUACCAAAAACAGUCGGCCUACGACGGCACGAAGUGCCUGCUCUACCACGGUCAAGUCACGACCAGCCUCCCGGAAGUCACUAGUAGAGGAGUUUGACACCUUCAUCAAGAUCACUGAGUUGCAGAAGAAGGUUUGCGUACUAAUCGACGAUGUUCGACUUUGUCUGGGAAAGCUUGAAGAGCCGGAAGAUGAACUUGAGGAGAAGAAGCGUGAGCGAAGAACCGCUGAGUUCCUCAUCCGCUUCCAGCGCAACUAUCUCUACCAGAUCAACCGACUCGAGGAGGAUAUUUGCGUCCUGAACAAAGGAUCGCCGGAAACGGCCAAGAAGAUCUACCAACUCUACCGAACCGUCGGCCAGGCGCUCAAGUUCUACCUGAAGAACAUGAAGUACUUCGUGAUCAACGUGAGUCCCGAAAAGCUCUGGACACUGGUCAAACAAAUCCUUAGUUCAACCAAGCUGUGCGUCCAGAAGGAGAUCUUCGACGAAGACGAUCUGAUCGUCGGAGAAAUCAACGAAAAGUGUCACCUACUAAGGCAUCGCCUCAAAGAAGAGGUCGCCAAACAGAAAUCCCGAAGAUCAAAAAGCUCCCAAAAAUCCCGCAAGAUCGCCACUUCCCACUCCGCCAACCCCGUCCAAGGUCCAAAGCUCUCCAUGUACGGAACGUCAAGCGCCGCCCAAAAACGCCCCUCCCAAGCUCGAAAAUCGUCCUCCUCUUUCACCCGAAAACCCAUCAGCGGCAAGAAAGACCCCAAAAAGCCCCUCCCAAAACCCCCGCCCCUCCGGAAAUUACCCCCUCACCAACAGCAAGGCAAGAUCAUCGCCGUCCCCAUGAUCCGGUCCAGCUGUUCCUCGCUGGGACGCGCCACAAAAAGCGGAACGCGCGUACGGUCGGCACGCACCCCCACCAAGACCAUCGACGACGUGGUGACGCUGAUUCAGCAGAGGACGGAUCCGCUGGCGAAUUCCCGCCUGCUGAAGGAGGUUUCCGGCGCGCUGACGAAGAUGUCCGGCAACCGGGACGCGGCCAUCAGUCCGGAGAUCAACCAGCAGCUGCACCAGCUGAUUAUGGAGACGAUUCAGAACAUUACGCAGCAGCAGCUGCAGCAGAUGAUGCCGCAGGUGGAGAGAAGUAAAGAGAGAGGACAUUGA